AUGCGUCACCACGCGCACAUUGCGAAGCGCGCCUUGACUACCAAGGCGAACGACGUUCAGAACAAGGAGUUUGACUAUGUGAUUAUUGGCGGUGGCCAGGCUGGUCUUGUUGUCGCCUCGCGCCUUUCGGAGGAUCCCAGCCUGAAUGUGGCUGUGAUCGAGGCCGGCGGAACCGGUCUGGAGUCCGACGAAGCGGCGAAAAUCGAUGUGCCUGCUGGCAACUUGUACAACUCGCCUGUGCAGUCCGACCUGAACUGGAACUGGACGACGACCCCCCAGGAUGGCCUCAACGGCCAGUCGAAGCCCUGGCCCCGUGGCAAGGUGCUUGGUGGUAGCUCGGCGAUCAACGGUCUCUACUACGUCCGCCAGAGCGCCCUGGAACAGAACCUCUGGGCUAGCCUUGUUGACGGUGGCAAGGACAACUGGAGCUGGGAGAACAUGCUCCGUGCGAUGAAGAAGAGCGAGUCUUUCACUCCGCCCACCGACGAGGCCCGCCAGUUGGGUGAGAUCCACUGGAACGAGACUGCGCACGGCAGCAAGGGCCCUAUUCAGGUGUCAUGGCCUGCUGUGUCGUACGCUCCCGUCGGUGCCUUUAUUGAGAGUGCUUCGGUCGUGUCGGCGCCUGCUACGAACAACCCCGACAGCGGCAACGCGUGGGGCACUUUUGUGGCCAACUCGGCGAUCAACCCCAGCAACUGGACGCGCAGCACUUCGCGCACUGGCUACAUUGACCCCUUCACUUACCGCUCGAACCUUGUUGUGCUGACUGGCUACAUGGUGUCGAAGAUCAACUUUGACACCUCGAACAAGGACAGUGUCACAGCGACUAGCGUGGACUUUAUGAAGAAGCGUGGUGGCAAGGUGUACCAGGUCAAGGCGAAGCGCGAGGUGAUUCUCAGUGCCGGCUCGGUGAACGACCCCCAGAUUCUCCAGAUCUCGGGUAUCGGUGAUGCUAACCUGCUCAAGUCGAAGAAGGUGCCUGUCGUGGUCGACCUCCCCGGUGUUGGCUACCACCUGCAAGACCAUCUGUCGGGUGGUGUCGAGUACUCGCCGAAGAACGUUUCGGAGCUCGCUCCCUCGAAGAUCACGGGUGAUGCCAAGACGGACUCGUUCGUGAACAGUGCUACGUCGUACACCAACACGAGCCAGCUGCUUGGCAAGCUCGAAGAUCAGGUCAUGGGUGCUGCCCGUGGCAACAUCUCCAAGGCGGUUGCUGCGUACAAUGCGCCCGACGCCGUCAAGAAGGGCUACAACAUGACCUACAGCGCGACGGCCAACCACAUUUACGGCACGCAUAUUGGUGCGAUGGAGCUGCUCUUCUCGAUGGCUUUCGGCCAGAUGCAGGUGCAAGCUGCGCUCCAACACCCCUUCUCGCGUGGUUCGAUCACCAUCGAGUCACAAGACAUUUUCGACGCACCCAACAUCAACCCCCAGUACCUUGAGCAAGACAGUGACAUGGCUAUCCUGCGUGCCGGCUUCCAGAUGGCCCGCAAGAUUGGCCAGCAGGCACCGCUCAGCGAUCACUUUGCUACUGAGACAAAGCCUGGUUCCGGGGUGACGAGUGAUGCGGCGUUGGACAACUGGAUCCGCGGUGUUGUCGGUACCGAGUUCCACCCCAGCUGCACUUGCUCGAUGCUUCCUCGCGAUGCCGGUGGUGUCGUUGACACGAACCUGCUCGUGUACGGCACGAGCAACCUGCGCGUGAUCGAUGCUGCCGUUCCCCCGCUGUCUGUUUCGGCACAUUUGAUGGCGAUUGUCUACGGCAUUGCCGAAAUUGGUUCCGAAAUUGUCAUCAAGAACAAGGACAACUACAACAAACAGUCUGGCGGCUCGAGUGGCUCUGGCUCGUCGGGCAGUAAGGGUGGCUCGAGCGGCAGUGGCUCUGGCUCUGGCUCUGGCUCGGGCUCGGGCUCGGGCUCGGGCUCUGGCUCUGGCUCUGGCAACGGUGCCGCUGCCCUUGCGCCCGUCAGCCUGCUUGGCACCCUGGGCUCGCUCAUUGCAGCGGUUCUUGUGCUGAUGCUUUAA